UAACUCUUAUGGCAGCAGAGCAGGAAGAGUAUAACAGCCAAAUGGAGGCAAUUGUAUUAAAACUACUCAAAGAAAGAUGGGAACGAGAUCAAAGAUACACGAAUGUCUUCUACAGGUUACUGGAGUGUAUUGAAAAAGUACUUUACAAUAAGAUGAACAGAAAUGAACUGAAAGAGGAAUACGAUAAAUUUUUUGAGAAAGCACUAUUAUCUGAUCAAGAAGCUUACGAAAAUGCUUCAGUAGAAAAUGUUCGGCUGAAGAAACAGCUUGAAAAGUUCAACCUGGAAGGUGAACAAGCUUCUAGUGAAGCAUAAGUCGUGUAUUUCAUUGCUUAAACUCCGUUCGAUCCAAACCAUUAAUUAUGAAAUACUUGAGAUUUCAUAUGUCUUACUUUAUAGACGUCAAAGGUGCCGCAGGUAUUGAAACUUAAAAUUACACUAAAACUAAGAAACAUGUCCCAAAACAAUAAGGAAAACAAUGCAAUGAUCGAAUUUAUCCAUCUUGAACAAUUUCUUCAACUUAGGAAUGGAGGUCUUCUCUACAACACAUAUUUAUCGGUUCUAUUGAAUCCGCUUUAUCUUGCUUACGAAUAGUCAUUUCUAUAUAUCAUACCUUAAUCUUAUUUAAAAGUAGCCUUUCUACAUCGUUGUCUUUCUUUUAGGUGAAACUUGCAUCAGUGGUCAUUCCGGUCAAGUCAUUAAUUAUUAAAGCAAGGAGAGUAGAGAGAACUGGGAACAAACAAUUUUUCAAGUUGUUUACUCCCUGCAUACGUUAGUUGGUUAUGACUCCUGAUUGAUAUUAUGAUUGAAAUUCGAAUGAUUUUAAGCUUCUGUGACGAAGAGAUUAAUAUUCAGUCAAUGCCAUGAAAAGCGAAAACGAUGCAGACUACGACCAGUUUUUAUCUUGGCUUAUACGAAAUAGUUAUUAUAUCUCGCCGAGUAUUAAAAUAACCGAAAAUUCUAUUGCUGGGCGAGGAAUUAUCUCUUUGCAUACUAUUUUUCCACCUGAGUUACUGGUGUCUUUCAGUAAAGCCAUCGUAUUGAGCCCGAAAAAUUCAUUGUUUUCUCCUUUGCUUUCCAAGCAAUGUUCUGAUACUGGAACGCCACGACAAAAAAUAUUACAUGAAUAUCCAGCGCAAUCCGACCCUCUAGCAAUUGUCCGACUAACCUUGGCUUUUUUAUUAGAGAAAUCCUUGAAUCACAAGAGUUUUUGGGCGCCUUACUUCGAUGCUCUCGAUGAAGCUUCUACUCCAGAUUCCAUUUUGCUUUGGGGUCGCGAUCAGAUGCGAUUAAAGGGAACUAACGUAUAUGAGGCGGCCAGAAAUGUACUUCAAAUUUACUAUGAACAGUAUAAAGAAAUUGUUAUACCAUUUUUCGAAAACUCAAAAUCACUUCCUAGAUCAUGUCCCAGCUGGCCAGAAUAUUUGCGCGCAUGCACCCUUACUCAGAGCAGAUGUUUUUACAUCGAUGAUUAUCACCAAUUAGCAUUGGUACCUUUUUGCGACAUAUUUAAUCAUCAGACAAAUCCAGAAAUUGCAUUUCUUCAGUGCUCCAACUCUACAGUGGGCUUAUCAAGUAAUCGAGAACCUGCAGACUCUACAAUUUGCAACUUUACUUUAAAUUCUUUAGUAGAACAAGGAGAAGAGAUCUUUAAUUGUUUUGGGUCGUUUUGUGCGGAUGAACUGCUUAUCCAGUAUGGCUUUUUAGACCCUACUUGUGAGAUUUGGCAAGUAGAUUUAGAAAAAACGGUCCGAAACUUAUUUAAGGAAACUUUUCGUUCAUGGAAGCAAUAUUUUGAUCUCGAUUCGCCUUCUCACUCGUAUAAUGAAAACGAUAAACAUGCUCUUGACGGAUCAUCAAAUCACUCACAUAAUAUACUAGCACGCCAUCAAAAAAGCCUUUGUAUCUUUAGCAAUCUGGGACCAAGCGUUGCAAUUUUCUCAUUUGCUUGCUUCUUAAUUUACAGCUCUCAUGUCAAUCGCUAUCCAUCGACGAGCAAUCAAUUGCCUUUCUUAGAAUUUGAGAAGAGGCUGUGGAAUUUACAUGUUGGAAUUGUACAGACAAGAAAACCAUUGGAUGAGCAGGAAUUUAUGAACCUUUAUUCAAGGGUUCUAAAGACUUUGGAUUACAUCUACGAAACGCGUAAAAAUCGAUAUGAGAAUGGGUGUUUGUCGGCAACCGAUUACAAAUUUCUACUCGAAAAUUCAGCUUUUGAGCAUAAAAGUAGAGCUUUUAUCACCGUAAAGGUGUUUUAUCACGAGUUGUUACUAUUGGAAUCAGAACAUCAACGCUGUAUUGAAUUACAGUCAAUAAUUCAAAAUCGUUUAGGGGAUUACAAAAGCUGAGACUCGUUUAUCGAUCUUUUAUGAGCCGACUUAUUGAUGCCUUCCAUUGUGUUUACAUAAAAUAAGCGGACAAAAACAAUCUAUUAAUUUUCGGAUAAAGAAUAGGCUAGUCAGAAGCAAUAGUAUUGUAUGCUAGUGUUGAUCUAGAUCUAAGGAUUUAUAAGUUUGAAAGUUUUUGUUUUCCAUUGAAACCAAGGUCAGAAACAUCUUGGUCACUUCUUAUCUUUUUUGAUGCUUCCAGGACAUUUGAUUACUGAAGAGCUCAUUUACAAGCCUUCCCUCUUGCACCUUACAUAUUCAUUAGUAAUUGAGGAAUUUCUGGUUGACAAAAAUACUGUUCAACAUGACUCCAAAUAUAGCUGCUAUUUAACUUUAAUCUAUCUAAUUAUAGUUAUUAAAAGAAGUAGCUUGACUAUACAAAUAAAAAGAAGUUUAAGCAUU